AUGCACAUCGGCCACAAUAAAUGCAUCCUAAAAGCCAACAGGGUUAAUGAGAAUUGUGUUCGAUGCCGUAUUCACUUGUAUUUUGCGUUCAGCCACAUUCGAGGUGAUUCGACAAACCAUUCCGCCGCGUCGCGUAGAGAAUUGGUCCGCCUAUUAUUACCGUUUCUGGUUGAAAUUUGGGACGUGCCUUGUGGCUUGCUCUUCGUGGGCCAGAUGGGCAUUUUAACCGCCCGCACAAGCAUCACGAGGCUGGCCACCAUGCAAGCAGAAACGAAAGCGGGAGAUCGGACUGAAUUGCUUUUUAUCCAUGUUCCCGUAUCGUGGGAUACGAGUUGGUUGACACCUAGGAUCCCUCUCUUAUCGAGCCAUCCACCUUCCAACCCCCAUCUCUCUGCCUACAGAUGCUGCUGUAAACAUAUUUUCCACCCUCAGAAUAUGGCAAUGGAACGCGCAUUUUCCAACAAGUCACCUUAUCUCCUACUCUUCUCAGUUGUCUUCCUCAUCUUGCCAAUCACAAAUGCCCAAAUCGGCACCAUAACCCAAGACAUUACCACCCUCGCUGCCUUUCCACUCCAAAAACCAUGUGCGCGAUCAUGCUUCCUCACAGAUGAUUUUUGCCCAAACGACCUACUCGGAAGCAAAAUAGGCUGCGCGACGCACACAGCAUGCAGCUCUAAUGGCUGGCAGGCCACGAACGACUGCUAUUGUCGACCGGAUUUGCAGAACCCAGCGCAGGCUUAUUUGACAAGCUGUAUCCAGAAGUCUUGUAAGGUUGGGGAUUUCGCGAUUGAUGCGUCCACCGCGGGCAGUAUCUACGCGCAGUAUUGUGUUGAGAAGGGAUAUAGUCCUCAGGCACAGCCGGCGACAGUGCAGGCGACGACAACAGGAUUGGGGGCUUCGAGUAGGGUGACGGCUGGGGGUGCCGGGGCUGGACCCACGGCUUCCUCGACGUCACAAAAUUCGUCCUCGGGAUCAGGAAAGCUCUCCAUAACGACAAUCAUUGGGAUAGUUGUAGGUGGUCUUGCGGGGCUAGUCUUCCUUUUGACCGUGCUCAAGAUGUUGUGGAAGUGGUUCGGGUGCCAAGGAAGGAGCAAAGUUACCUACCCACAGCAGUUGCCUCCCCCCAACCCGCAUCCCGUAUAUCCAAUGAAUCACUACUCUCAGCCAUAUUUUCCGCGGCCGAAUACAGAUGGUCUCGGGGAUGCCGAGACCAGCACCUACGCUUUUGUCUGCUGCACCGGGGAAUCCGCGGGGAUGGUAGAUAGCUUGUGUGCCAUUCUCAGUCCUGAAUGUACUAUACGAACCUUUCCCAACCGUUUUCACUCUUACUCCUGCACUCGAGGCGUCUUGGUUAAAUAUCCUAAAUACUUCUCCGCUUGCGCCUCGUAA